AUGGUUCACCUCAAGAAUGUCGCCCUUCUCGCCCUGGCCGCCAGCAUCGCAUCCGCUGCCCCCGUGGUGAAGAAUAGCGUUCGCUCGGUCAGAUCCGAGCGCUUGCAGGACGUCGAACGUUUCGGACAUGCCAGCGGGGCGCGCGGCCCUCACCGGCUCCCGAAGGGUAUGUGGCCGGGUUGGCAGGAUGGGGCCCCGCCGCCGUCCGCCAAUUCUGGCGGCGACGGCGCACACGCGGCCGUCUCGAGCGCUGGGCCGGGCAGCAGCAGCGCUCAGGCAGACCCCUACCACAGCCGCGGCACCGGCGGCGGUGGCGGUGGCGAUGGCGUCGCGGCCACCAAGGCCAAAGCCAGCGGGACCACCACUGCGUCCGGGCCCCGCGCUACCGCCACCGCCGCCGGCGGGGUUUACCCGCCCUUUGGCGCCUCGCCGACGCAGCUACCCGGCGCCUCAUCCUCGUCCGACAGGGGGCAGCGGGAUUCGGGCCCGCUCGCGCCCAACCCGAUGUACAAUGCUGACCGCGGAAGCGAUGUCGGCGGCGAGGCUGGGGUGUCCGUGGGCGAUGAGGGUGUGGUGCAGGAGGUCGAUGCCACGACUGCCGGUGCUGGUGAUUGGUAUUAG